UAGUCCCGAACAACAGCAAAACUAAGUGAAGGUCUCAUAAAUCACAGCUUGAUGUAAAGUCUCUGAGGUAGAGCAGUCAGCUGUUUUGUCCACAGGCAGUUUCUAAUAAUUCCCGGAACAUCGAGAGCGUCUCACUCAGCAGAUCGCUGGAUGAACGCAGCGGUGCCGCAAUCAGCGAAAUCCCGCAUUCACCAUUCACAUCCACACCGCCUCUGCUGCCUGACAUACACACUAUAGGCUCAAGCUAUGUGCAUUUGUCUAGACAGCAACUGACAGCAUAUGCUGACGCUUUCAACCACCGUGUUAAGAAUCGCUCAAAUCUCUCGAAGGUUUGAUCGUCUUUAAGCUCUUAAUUCAUUUCGGAGAUCGUUUGGUUAUAAACCGAGCUUUCGCACGAUGGUUCUGCUGCAUCGCCGCCGGAGAAAAGAGACGCUGGUUUGGCUGUUGCCGGGUCUGCUUGGAGUCUGCAUGGCAUUUGGCCCGAGCAAAGCAGAGGAGGAAGAUUACGAGGAUGUCCCCAUAAAUAAAACUUGGGUUUUAUCACCAAAGGUCUACGAGAGCGACGUCACCCUUAUCCUAAACAAAUUACUGCAAGGUUAUGACAACAAACUGAGACCAGAUAUCGGAGUGAGACCGACUGUGAUUGAGACGGCAGUGUACAUCAACAGCAUAGGUCCAGUUGAUCCCAUCAAUAUGGAGUACACCAUAGACAUCUUCUUUGCUCAGACGUGGUACGACAGCAGGCUCAAAUUCAACAGCUCAAUGAAACUCCUCAUGCUCAACAGCAACAUGGUCGGAAAAAUCUGGAUCCCUGACACCUUUUUCCGCAACUCGCGCAAAUCUGACGCCCAUUGGAUCACGACACCCAAUCGCCUUCUGCGGCUCUGGAGCAAUGGAAGAGUGAUGUAUACUCUAAGGUUGACAAUUAAUGCGGAAUGCUACCUUAAGCUGCAUAACUUUCCCAUGGAUGAACAUUCGUGCCCUCUGGAGUUUUCAAGCUAUGGGUAUCCAAAGAAUGAGAUCCAGUAUAGAUGGCAGCGCCGUUCGGUUGAGGUUGCAGACCAACGAUACUGGAGGCUUUACCAAUUUGCCUUUGUGGGUCUACGGAACACUUCUGAUGUGGCACACACUCAGUCUGGGGAUUAUGUGGUUAUGACCAUUUUCUUUGACCUGAGCCGGAGAAUGGGUUACUUCACCAUCCAGACCUACAUUCCCUGCAGCAUGAUUGUGGUUUUGUCCUGGGUCUCUUUCUGGAUUAACAAGGAUGCUGUGCCUGCCAGAACAUCUUUAGGUAUCACAACUGUGCUCACCAUGACAACCCUAAGCACUAUAUCGAGGAAGUCCUUGCCAAAGGUGUCGUACGUGACAGCCAUGGAUCUGUUUGUGUCUGUCUGCUUCAUCUUCACCUUUGCUGCUCUUAUGGAAUACGGGACUCUGCAUUAUUUCACAAGCAAUCGACAGAAUAAGAAGACCAAGUCAAGCCAUGCACAGAAACCCAGCAUGGUUAACAUCAGACCAGGGACAUCUCUGCUGCAGAUGAACAAUAUUGCUCCCUACCACGAGGAUGACGAUUAUGUGUAUGAAUGUCUGGACGGCAAAGACUGCACCAGUUUCUUCUGCUGCUUUGAUGAUUGUCGCUCUGGAGCUUGGCGUGAGAACAGAAUGCAUGUCCACGUCUCCAAAAUCGACUCCUACUCCCGAAUAUUCUUCCCAACUGCCUUUGGCCUCUUCAACCUUGUCUACUGGAUUGGAUAUCUGUAUCUUUAAAGAUGUUGGGACUCAGUUCUAGUAAUAUUUGCAAAUCAUCUGUAAAUUCUCCAUCUGCUAAAUCUGGCAGCAUAAACUGUUGCGAGAAGGGGACAUGUGAGGCUUGAUUUGGAUGUAUUAGUACUUAAUGUAUCUUUAAUUGUACCUGGUAUUUAAUUUAUUGAAGUAUCUGAAUGUUCGGAGGACGAUUACUGUGAUUCUGCAUUGAUGCCAACUGAAUAUUACCAGCAGUCUCGGUUUUUGAGAGGGAAAUGUUUGGUUUUUCAUCAAUUACGUAGGCCAUAUCAAACCUUGCCUAGUUUAAAAUGAUCUCUUAAAAACAGCAAACCACCUGCAUUUUUUUUUUUUACUGCAAUAUUAGCAUCAUGUUAGCAUCACUAUAGCAGCUAUGAUAAAACUUCAGGUUAGUAUCUCUCUUGCUGAAGCAAAAUAU